AUGUCGAUGGAAAGUAGGUCAGAGCUUUUUCUUUCUGUCUUUUCGCGCCUUAUUGAAUCAUUUACAUCUCAUUAUCAUGUUUUAACUGCAAAGUAUGACGAAGCUUUGCAAAAAGGGCCGAAAGUUUCCUUAUCAACCUUUUUCGUUGAUAUCGAGAAGAAUAUUCCAAUGUAUGCAUCCAUAGUCGACUCUAUGUGCAGUUUAUCAAAGAAUAAUACUUCGCAAUCCUUAAGGAAUCUGAUUGAAAUUUUCGCAAACACGUUAAUCCUUCAAGAUCCCGGAAUUUUUUCAGUUCUAAUUUCGCAUACUCCUGCAGUAUAUCAGAGUUCUGCGUCAGCAAAGGAAGUUUGCAAUUAUUUGGCACUUUAUAUGACAACUGAUAUUAUUGGAGCCAUUGUGCGUAAAUUUGGAACAGGAGAAGAAGGCCCUAUGGUUGCAAAGUGUGCCUACAAAGUUUGUGACCCCUCAGUUCAAUUUGAAAUUCAUUCUCAUAUUUUAAAUGAAUGGUCCAUAAUAUUAGCCAUCACAAGCAUCAAGAAUUUUCAAGAAUCAUCCACACCAUUCAUGGCAUAUGUUGAUUCUGUAAAUAAUGAAACUCUUUUCACUCUUGUCUCCAAAAUUCGACUUGAUUCAUGCAAAUCCCUCGGAACUACGUUUCUCGAAGACAUCCUUAACGCAUUAAAAAUACUCCUGAGACGAAAGCAACUCACCAAUAACAUUUUUGCUUGCGUUUCUUCGAUUAUUACUACAGUUAACUUUCCAUGCGAUACUUUACAGAAAAUAUUCGAUAUCGCGUGGAACGAAAAGGAAGAACCGACAGUAAGAGACGGAGCUUUCGAGUUAAUUGUUACUUUGUUCCAACAUUUGCCAAAUAAAGAAGGAGAAGCAAACAGAUUUUUUCAAAAGAGGGUUUACGCAUAUGCUGGUACAGAUGCUACUACGGAGCGUGAUUUAAAGCUAUUUUGGAGAAGAGUUAUGGGAGGAUAUAACCAAUUAUCGACUGACGAUGAUUUGUCAUUCAUAGGAAUGACAGGAACAAACGAAACAGAAAUGCCUGCGAUUUUCAUGACAUAUUUCUUCAAAAAAUCGAACUUCGCAAUUUGUCCUCAAAUAUUCCGCAAUGUUUUAAUACAUUUAGCAUCGAUUGACUUUAUGUACUUCCUACAUGAAAUUCUACAAAGUUUCUUGAUACUUCCUUUAACAGAUUACAGAUUUAUUGUUUUAUUAUCAACAAUUGAACCGAUAAACUCAGAAGAAUUCAGAAAAUAUGCAGUCUCUAAUGUCGACAAGAAAGAUAUAGAUACUCUCAAUGCUUUAAUUCGCGGAAAAGUUUGCCAAAAUUUAAGAAUUCUCGAAAUGAAGAGUCCGAAGUGUAUUCCAUUACAAAUUCUUGAAGGAAUGUGGCGUAGAGUUGAUCAAUCCGAUCAAAAGAUAGGCUCAUUCCUUGAAGCAAACGGAUUAAAUAAAUAUGGAGCUUUAUUUUCAAAAUUCGAGGUUGCAAACGAAAGCGAAUUCUUCAGUUUAGACGUACAACUCCUAAAAUCACUUCGCUACAUACUAGAACAAGGAGAUUACCUUGAAGAAGGAGUUUUGAAAAAUAUAAUCGAUUCAUGUAACUCUUCGAAGCUUCAAACUGCUAUGGCAGCAUACUCCGUAGCCACAGCAAUCGUCCAAGACCCCGAAUUACAGAUUCCUUUCACUAAAGUUCUCAUCAAAAAUAUCCAAAACGAUUUUACAAACGAAUCGGUUGUUAUCGUACUCAAAUUCUUCUCAAUUUUAAUUUCCUUGAACCAAAAAUCGCUUCCGAACGAUUUACUCCAUGAUAUCGAAUUUUAUGCUUUCAUUGGCAUCGUUUCCACGCAACCGAGUACUCGUAUCAUAGCAUGGAAUAUUCUAGAUGCCAUUGACGAGCUCCUUGACCACAAAAGUAUUAGUUAUUACAUACAUCAGAGUGGAUCUACAAUAGAAAAGUGCGUAAAGUCACGUUUAUUCGGUACAAGUGUUCAUAAAGAAGAGACUUUAUUGCAGUGGGUAUUAUCAUCCCGUUUUUAUGAUAUUUGGCUGUUGUAUAUUGCAGAAUUUGUCGAAAUUAUUUUGGCAGCGAACUACACGCCAUUAAUACAGAGGUCUAAUGACAAUUUGUAUGCUUUGCUUAUUACGCUUGAUGAAUCUCAGAAGACAUAUUCGCCUUCUUUGAUUGGAUAUCUAAUGAUGUACCUUGGAUCACGAGUUAACCAAGAUUUCUAUCUCAGAUGCCCUCAGGUCUACAGGGUAGCCUUAUACGAGCCUCACCAGGCCAACAUGGUUACUGCUGCUACUACAUUAAACGUAAUUACUAAAUUACUCGAUGGAAACAAGAGUUGGGGCGACCAACUUGCUUUCAGUGCGAUCCAGCACCUCAAUAUCGCCUAUGCCGGCGAUGUUGCAGACAUCCUGUCCCAAUGCACGCCCGAGAAAAUGGCUGAUGCUUCAUCUGCUUUCUUGUCACUUUUGGAUUCCCCAUUAUGUGAUGAAAAUAUUAUUAAUAUGAUAUUAUUGCAAGCAUUGAACUUCCUUUCUGCAAUGCAUGCGGUUUUGAUCAAACUUGGAGCAAGUUCACCGAGGAAUGUUGCUUGGACAACAGAAUUAGAGAAACCUGUCAUCAAAAACGUAACGAUUGCGGAGAAUUAUUGCACAAUGAUCACUAAAAUAAUCACCCGCAACAUCCAGGAAGAGGAUUGGUCGAUUUCUUCAAGAGAAUUGAUUUUAAGAGGAUUAUUAAACUGGGCGAUGACGAAAUCGUCGGUUCUAGACAAUCUCAGGAAGAAGUCAAAGCAGGCUUUGGCAACAUUGGCCAAGUCUGGACCAAUUUUCGGAGAUUCCGUAAUAUUUGACAACACAGUAUGCGAUAUUUUCGGCGAAAUCGAGUUCGCAGGCAACAGAGUCCUCAGUUCAUUACUUUUCUACCACGUACAGCUCAUUUUAACUCAGUUUUGUGACGCAUGUCUCACAUCCAACAGAAAUUAUGCGGAUUUAUUCUUUGAUUCUUUAUUCGUAGUAUUCACAGCUGGAUCAGAUUACAAUCCGACCAAAAUUGGCUGUCUUUUACUCGUUGGAAACGUAUAUGAAGAGAUGCAACACCCAAGAAGCCCCGAAUUCAUGGAAGCAUUCACGAGUUCUGUCUAUGAUGGAUCCGGCGGUGCAGCAGAAACUGUUUUUUCAGAGGCUUUCCGCAUAUUAAGUGGAAAUUCUUUACAUAUGCCCGUAAAAGAGAUAAUUAACGCUUUGAGGAGGUACAUUCCUGAGAUUAGAUUACUUCCAAAGCAGAGUUCUUGCACAGUUGACUCUCCAGAGAAAUUUAGAAUUUAUACUCCGUAUCAGUUCUUGUCUGCGUUGAUGACAGCGACAGAAACAAUCAACGAAGACUACAUAACGUCGUUUUUCCUUCUUUGGAGCGAUUUGCUUGAGAAUCCGAACCAUGAAGACAUUGUUCCGCUUUUUAUCAUGCAAUGGAAGAAUUCCCAGAUCAAGAAGCGUCUCCUCUUGUGGUUGAUCAGACAAGAUGCCCCUUUCAUCAGCGAAAAACUCUUAUCUCGGUGCUCAUUCGCUUAUUUCCUCCAUAUUACAUCACAGGAGCGUAAUUUCGACGAUCAGCUUUGGGUUGUUGAAUUAUUGACCCAAUCUUUCGAAAGAAGAUUCGGAUCAUUUUCAAAUAUUGUCGCAUUAAUUCAUUUUUCCUUUCUCUUUUACAAAUUUCCUCAAACACAACCAUUGCUACAAGCUUUGUGCAGACAAUACGACGUUCCAAUCCCUACAUCUUCUCAUGAUGAGGAUUUGAUCGUCACAGCUUGUUCAUUUGUUGCCAAAUUGCUUGAAGACGAUGCAGAAGCAAUCGAAGAGUGGGGAAAUGAAGCUCUCAAGUGGUUAUUUGGCUGCAAUGAGCUGAGAUUCGCUUCGUUGUCUCUCAAAAUUUACAACGUUUUACAAAAACCGCUUGAUAAUAAUGUUAUCAGCGGAAUCAUCAAGAUCAUGCAUUACUACGUGAUGGAGAGCGAAAACGACCCACUUUCUCUCACAGAUUUGAUAUCAGAUUCAUUUCGCUUCUUCUCCAACAUAUUUACCAACAACGAGCUUCUCGCCUUCAACUACGCCUCCACAUUCAUCGACUGCCCGGCCUUUCCUGACUCUUGCAGGGCUGCAUCCACUGAUAUCUUCCUCAAAUCAUUGAAUUGCCAGGCCACGAACAAGGCGGCGUGGUCCAUCCUGCCAUCAAUAGUAAGGCCGCUGCUCUCCAGAAUCGAAACUGACGACAGAAGCCGCCAAAUUUUAGAAAUCCUCACAAAAACAUCUUCUUCACAGGAACUGAUGAUGAUCGCAGCACCUCUGAAGGAGACAUUUGGCGGAUUCCUCUUCGUUCAGCCAAUAGAAGCUUUAAUUGAGAAAAGUGAUGUGACCAUUUUAUGCAAAGCCAUAGAACAUUACAGUUUAAUGAUCGAAACAGCUAGUGAACAACUUGCUGGAUCCAUUUUCAAGAUCGCCGCGUUGAUUGUUAACAAAGCCACAAAUGAAAAUGUUCGAGAACCAUAUGCACGAUUAUACAAAAUCGCCUUGAACAUGUUAGGUGUUGUUCCCAGCGCCAUGUCAUUUGUUUUGGCUAUUGCAGAGCACGAUCCAUGCUGUGCAAUUAAAAGCACAUUCGCAUUCACUGACUGGGCGAGGUCAAUUGACGAUGUCGUGAGAGCAUUGACGAGAAUAAUGAAUCCGAAUCCGAUUCCUCGGAGUUCCUCAAUUCCUACUCUUUCUGACACUAUGACAUUGAGUUCUGUCAUUGCGAUGAUCGGAAAUCCAAUUGUUCCUAAGGUUAUUCCUUUCGUCAUGCAGCAGGAGAUCAUUGAAGGAAUGAUGAGAGUUCAGAGAGAAACAAAGAAAUUGAGGAGACAUUCAUCUAAUUACAUCAAAAGAUAUGAUUCGUCAACAAACGUGAAGAUUCAAAAGUUUAUAGCUGGUGAUUGGGAAUUAAGACCUUUGGAGUUUCCGAAACAGAUGAUGGGAACAUCAAUUCCUGAUGCAAAUCAGACAAAUUCAUUAGUAAUGGGAUUCAUGGAAUUUGAUGCUGCUUAUUCUUUAUAG